GCCAAAGUUGAAAGAAAGAAAAGAGAAAAAGAUAAAAGAGAGAUAGUUCUUUCUCAAUUCUCAAUUCUCAAUUCUCAAUUCUCAAUUCUCAUACACAGAUCCCAAGCUAAAUUAGGUUGUUUGCAGAAGGAGCAAUAAGGGUUAUUUGCCCCUCUUCUCAAACACAACAUACCCCUACUUCUACUAGUACUACCUACCAUUUGUUUGCUACAACUCCUCAUUCUUUUUGCUCAUUUCUUAAAGUCCUUUUCUUUCCCUCUCCUCUUCUCUCCCUUUCUCUUGGGAUUAUCCAUUUCUUAAUCAUUUUCUUUUGGUUUUUGCUUUUUGGGUUUUACUUCUUCUUCUACUCCAAACAAACCCCAAGAAAAUCAUUUCUUUAUUUCUAGUCAAUCAUUAAGUUCAAGUUCAUUUCAUACCUUGUUUUUUUAAAAAAAGUUCUAAGUUGUAUAGUAAAAAUAUUUAGCAUGAAGUCAAUUAAUAAUGAUGGUGGGAGUAGCAAUGUUAACAACAAUGGUUGGUUAUUAGGUUUCUCUCUUUCACCCCAACAACAACAACAACAAAGUAAUGUUAGUUCAGGAUCACACCAUCAAACUUCCACUACUACUUCUACACUUAAUGCUACUACCUUAAACAGUUUGUUUCCUAAUUCUCAUAAUCAUGACUUUCAUCAUAAUAUUUAUGCUAAUUACUAUGGUGGAUCAUCUCUUGAUAAUCAAGUUCAUAAUGAUAGUAAUAACAAUCAUCUUACUAAUGCUUUCUUAUACUCUCAUCCUGUCUCUCUCAUGCCACUCAAAUCUGAUGGUUCUCUUUCUAUUCACCAAGGAAUGGUGCAAGCAAUUGGGAAUUGUUCUACUACAACAAGCUCCACCACAACAAAUGCAACUCCAAAGUUAGAGGAUUUCUUUGGAGGAAAUGGAACACAUCAUUUUGAUCAUCAUCAUCAACAACAACAUCAAGAAGUUGGGUAUGUGCAACAAUACCCAUUUUAUCCUUCAUUGUAUGAAACAACUGCUGGUGCACUGCAAGCUAAGGAAGACCAAGUAGUAGGGGAUCAACUCCCACAAUCAAUUGGUGAGACUGAAAUUUCAGCGGGGUUGAGAGAUUGGGUACAUAGGAGCUACAUUGGUUGUUUAGAUCAAGGUGGUGUUGAUCAAAUCAAUGGUGGAGAUCAUCAAUCAAGUGUUACUGUGAGUACUACUAGUGGUGGGCCCAUUGGAUAUUCUGAUUUGCAAUCUUUAAGCUUGUCUAUGAGCCCUGGGUCCCAGUCCAGCUGUGUGACUGUAUCACACCAGAUUACUCCCUCCCCUACUACCAUAGGAAAUGAGUCUUUGGUUUUGCAAGAUAGUAGCAGGAAAAGAGGAGGUGCAAAAAUUGACCAAAACAACAAACAAAUUGUUCACAGAAAAUCCUUAGACACUUUUGGACAAAGAACCUCUCAAUAUAGAGGUGUUACAAGGCAUAGAUGGACAGGAAGAUAUGAAGCUCACUUGUGGGAUAACAGUUGCAAGAAAGAAGGCCAGAGCAGAAAAGGGAGACAAGGUUUGUCUAAAUUUUCACGUACUCCAUAUUUUAUUUUAUUUUGUUGUAUUAAAUCAUAUUUUUUCUUCAAACAGAAAUAUUUGUCUCUCCAACUAACUUUGAUUUCUUUAUUUAUGGUGGCAUGGAUUACUAUAUUUGUCUUACCAAUUCACAGUAUAUCUAGGCAAGUCUUUCAGAUAUUGUUUUUCUAUUUUGUCUUCAUCCCUGAAAAACAAAUUAUCUUAAAAGAUGGGUAUGUAUACAUUUGUACAGGAGGAUAUGAUACAGAAGAGAAGGCAGCAAGGGCUUAUGAUAUGGCUGCACUUAAGUAUUGGGGACCCUCUACUCAUAUCAAUUUUCCUUUGGAAAACUACCAGCAACAGCUAGAAGAAAUGAAGAACAUGACUAGGCAAGAAUUUGUUGCUCAUCUAAGAAGGAAAAGCAGUGGUUUUUCUAGAGGUGCAUCAAUCUACAGAGGAGUUACAAGACAUCAUCAACAUGGAAGAUGGCAAGCUCGAAUCGGGCGAGUUGCAGGGAACAAAGACCUCUAUCUAGGCACCUUCAGCACACAAGAGGAAGCGGCAGAAGCCUAUGACAUAGCUGCAAUAAAAUUCAGAGGGGUAAAUGCAGUGACUAAUUUCGACAUAGCACGAUACGAUGUGGACCGUAUCAUGGCUAGUAGCACCCUGCUAGCUAGCGAACUAGCACGUCGAACGAAGGAGUUACCUGCCCCGCCGCCACAAGAAAAAAACACGGAGGAUGAACCCGAAAAACCAGACUGGAAAAUAGUCCUCUACCACUCAUCACAGCAGCAACCGCAACAUCAGAUGGAUCAGGCCUCAAUGGGAAUAGGCUCGGUCCAACAGCACGAGGGCAUGUUGGGCUUGUCGAUGAGCCAGCAAGAGAUGCGCGAGGCGCAUCUCUCAAAUGCAUCAUCGCUAAUCACUAGUUUAAGUAGUUCAAGAGAAGAUAGCCCUGAAAAGAACACUGAUAGUAGCUUGCCUUUGGCCUUCACUGUGCCUCCUUCAGCAAGCAAGUUAUUUGCUAGUCCUACAUCAAACAUUAAUAGCCCUUGGAUAAGUGAUCCUGUUGAGAUUAGGACACCUUCCAUUUCACUCUCUCAAAUGCCGGUUUUUGCUGCUUGGGCUGACUUGCAUUGAGAUCGAACUUAUUUUGAUCACUUCGUGUUACCUGAUUUGUUAAUCGUCUUAGACCGAAUUAGGUAACUUUUUUUAAUUUUUGGGUGUUACAUUUGGGAAUACUACUAUUAUUAGUAAGAAAUUAACUAAGGGUAAGGUGGGUUAAAUUCAAUUUCAUGUUCAUUUAGUUGAUUAUUGUGAAUGUAAGCUUAAUUAUUCUCAUCUAGUAAGAUCUUUUGAUCAAAAUUGAAAGUAACAGUUAAGAAAGAAAGUGUUUUAAGCCUUUAUAAGAUGA